CAAAGUCCAAACACCAAACGCUCUCCUCUCGGCAAUGGCCUUUCUCUCCUCCUCAAUUGCCCUUUAUAUGAAACACCCGACAUCCUUAAACUAAUCACUAGAUUACUAUAUAUAUUAUUACAUAAAUAUACGAGAUAGUAUGCACAAAUUUUUGAUUCUUUUUUAACAUUUCUCCUUCUAACAUCUUUUCUAGUCAGCUUGUGAUUGUGAAGGGUUGUGAUAGAUCUGUAAAAGUUUGAGGGACAUCUUUAGGGUUUCUUGAAUUUCUGGGUGUUAAAAAAAAAAAGUAAAAAAUUCUGGACUCUGCUGUUGCCGGAAGCCCUAUUUCCAGGAAAGAAGAAAGAAGCAAAACAGCAAAUCCCGUUGUGUGAAGCUGCUGCAUUCACGUAUAUCACCAAUCACCAAAAUCAAGUUCCCCUGACCAAUCAAUGGACUCGAACGACGAGGGCCAGCGGCUCAAAUUUCUGUGCAGCUUUUCCGGCAGCAUUCUCCCCCGCCCACAGGACGGCAAGCUCCGGUAUGUUGGCGGGGAGACCCGCAUAGUCAGCCUCCCACACCCUAUAACCUACGAUAACCUGAUGUCCAAAAUGAAGGAGCUUUUCGAAAACGUGGCCGUCUUAAAGUACCAGCAGCCGGACGAGGACCUCGACGCCCUCGUCUCUGUCGUGAACGACGAUGAUGUCAUCAACAUGAUUGAGGAGUACGAAAAGCUGGGCUCGGAAAACGGCUUCACGAGGCUCAGAUUGUUUCUGUUUUCCCACCCAGAGCAGGAUUUGGACCCGUUGCAUUUCGUGGAAGGUGACGAGAGAAGGUACGUGGACGCAUUAAAUAACCUCAAUGAAUUGCCGGAUUUUAGAAAGCAUCCCGGUGAGUUUGGUUCGUUAGAUGAUGUGCAUACCUCUGAACAGUAUUUCGGCCAGAUGGAGCUGCCGAUGGCUCACAUGAACCUGCGACACCUAACAAUUCCUCACCUGGGCUCGGGUCAGGUUCAGACUCAGCAGCGGUUUAGUGAGAUGGAGGCUCCGUGUAGCCCAGCUUACUAUUCUCCCCGCCAGCCCGAUUUUCCGACUUCUCCCUCAUCAGCUCGGUUCCGGGCACCGCCUGAGGAUUAUGGGGUGGUUUUGGUGCCAGCUGGCGACAAAUUGGGAGGCUUUCCCGGGAACUUGCUUCACGGAGUAGGGUCGAGCGCGUAUGAAGGGAGCAGCAUAUGUGAUAGUUGCAGAAUGACAUUUCAGAGGAAUACUCAGCAGGUGGUUUAUCCAGACAUGUCGAUGUGGAGGCCACCUUGCGAGUCGCCACAUUUUGAGCCGCCAAUGGACGAACGUGGAAAUGUGAACCCUCCCUAUUACUGUAGAGACCCGAAUGAGCCUCGCCCGGUUUAUGUUACGGAAAAUGGGCUGAGUGUUCCACUUGGGCAUGUCCAUCACGAGGAUCAGCGUUAUGCUCAGGUGUUUCAAGAUCAAGCACAAGUGGACGAACGUGGGGUCCGCUAUGGAAACCCAGCUGCAUAUGCGUACGGGACUGAAAAUUCAUAUGUGGGACCUACUGCCUGGUGGAAUGUUCAUGGCCCGAUCCAGGUGGCGGGCCCGUCUUAUGAGACGGUGGUUUCUUCUCAGAUGGUUAAUGGUUCGUUGAGUGUUCCCAUGGGAUAUGUACGGGGGACGGUGGAGAGCAGUCCAAGGGUGAGGGCCGGUGUAGAGAAUCAGAACCCGUGGAGUGAGUCGUCACAGAAAGUCACGGCCUUUAAUGUUUCUCUCAUGCAGGACCAUUCUCACGUCCAGGCUGUCAAAAUUGCUCCUAGUAGUCAGACUAUGGAAAACGUCCAACAAGCGUCUUUUCUUGCAUCUGGCGUGGAUUACCAGAAUGAAAACCAACCUAAUAAGUCGGUUAAGGUAAAUGGAGCAGAGAGUAAUGAAAAUGAAACUGGUGUUCAUGAAGUUCAAGGUUGUGCUAUAGUAAAAAAUGAUUGUGCUGGAAAUGAGUGUAAUAAUGCUAAUGUUCUUAAGGAGCGGCCGCCUGAUGAUCAGCUGGAUUUUUUACCUGAGUUAAUUGCUUCUAUGAAAGAGGCUACUUUACAGAGUUUGGAGGAGGUGAAAGCAAAAGCUCAAGAAGAAGAAGACUCCAGUUUGGCGAGUGAGAGUGGUUUUGCUGGAAAAGAGGAUAUUCAAAAUCACAAGAAUGGAGUGGACGGAAAUGUGGACCUGGAGGUAGAAGAUGAUAGUGAUAAUGUUGAUAGUUCCAAGAUAGAGCUGACAAAAGCUGAGGAAGAAGCUCUUGAUAGAGGCUUGCAGACUAUCAAGAACGAAGAUCUGGAGGAGAUUCGGGAGCUGGGUUCUGGGACAUAUGGUGCAGUGUACCAUGGAAAGUGGAAGGGAUCCGAUGUAGCAAUAAAAAGAAUAAAAGCCAGCUGCUUUGCUGGAAGGCCGUCUGAAAGGGAACGUCUGUACUUGCAUGGGAAAAACAUUGUUCAUUUUGACCUGAAAUGCGAAAAUCUGCUGGUAAAUAUGAGGGACCCACACCGACCUGUGUGCAAGAUUGGUGAUUUGGGGUUGUCCAAGGUAAAGCAACAUACUUUAGUGUCGGGAGGUGUUCGAGGGACAUUACCCUGGAUGGCUCCUGAACUUCUCAGUGGCAAGAGUAACAUGGUCACAGAAAAGAUUGAUGUUUACUCAUUCGGGAUAUGCAUGUGGGAGUUGCUUACUGGUGAUGAGCCCUAUACGGAUAUGCACUGUGCUUCUAUAAUUGGCGGGAUUGUGAACAACACAUUACGCCCACAAAUCCCAACAUGGUGUGAUCCGGAGUGGAAGUCGUUGAUGGAAAGCUCUUGGGCCUCCGACCCAGCCCAAAGACCCUCUUUCUCGGAAAUUGCUCAAAGGUUGAGGAAUAUGGCUGCAGCCAUGAAUCUUAAAUGAUAAUUGAUAUUUAUUUAUUUAUUUAUUUUCU